GGGCCGCCAGAGUCCCGGGGCCGCCGGUUACUCUUCUGAGAGCCUUUCAGGAAAGCACAGGGCAGGGGGCAGAGAAGCUGGGGAGGCGGGUGGCAGGCAGGCCCAGCUUGUGUACUAGCCCAGCGACACCCACGGAAGCACCCGUGAACUAGAGAUGAUGCAACCCGGGCGCGCACGUGUGUGCAGCCCUCUGGCAUGUCUCUAUGCCCUGUGGGCACCUGUCGUGUGAGUAGCUGCGGGUGUGGCUGUUCCUGGAUGCCGUGAGUGUCAGUGAGGUUUGUGUGUCUUCGGGCCUGCCUCCCCCGUCUCCAGAGGGGGACUAAGAAGUUUAACUGAGCAGGGACACUGAGGAGAUUAAAGGAGUAGAUCUCAGAGGCGAGGCGGAGAGGGUGGGGACUGCGGGCGCAGCGGCUAGGGAAGCACCUAUUUGACCCUUCUCCCAGGCAGAAAAGCAUCUUGAAAAGGCUGGCGUGACCCAUGUGGCUCUGAAAUGUCUAGAGAGCCCCGAGCGGUGAUGAUCACAGAGUGACUGGCUCAAGGCUGAGCCUGUCUAAUUCGUGGACAAGAGGGAUGCUAGCAUUUAGAAAGGCCAGGAGGAAACUCAGGAUGGGGACCAUCUGCUCUCCCAAUCCCAGCGGGACAAAGGCGGCCUCGGAGGUCUGCAAUGCCGACUGGAUGGCCUCGCUCCCCCCUCACCUCCACAACGUCCCCCUUUCCAAUCUGGCAAUCCCAGGCUCCCAUGAUUCAUUCAGUUACUGGGUAGAUGAAAAGUCCCCCGUGGGGCCUGACCAAACCCAAGCUGUCAAACGCCUUGCCCGGAUCUCCUUGGUAAAGAAGCUAAUGAAGAAAUGGUCUGUAACUCAGAACCUGACCUUCCGGGAGCAACUGGAGGCUGGGAUCCGCUACUUUGACCUGCGUGUGUCCUCCAAGCCAGGGGACACUGACCAGGAGAUCUACUUCAUCCAUGGGCUCUUUGGCAUCAAGGUUUGGGAUGGACUGAUGGAGAUUGAUGCGUUCCUCACUCAGCACCCUCAAGAGAUCAUCUUCCUGGAUUUCAACCACUUCUAUGCCAUGGAUGAGGCCCACCACAAAUGCCUGGUUCUGCGGAUCCAGGAGGCCUUUGGGAGCAAGCUGUGCCCAGCCUGCAGUGUGGAGAGCAUGACGCUGCAAAGCCUGUGGGAGAAGAAGUGCCAGGUUCUCAUUUUCUACCACUGUCCCUUCUACAAGCAAUACCCAUUCCUGUGGCCAGGAAAGAAAAUUCCAGCACCCUGGGCAAAUACCACAAGUGUGCAGAAACUGAUCCUCUUCUUGGAGACCACCCUGAGUGAGCGAGCCCCACGUGGGGCCUUCCAUGUCUCCCAGGCCAUCCUCACCCCAAGAGUGAAGACCAUUGCCCGAGGCCUGGUGGGGGGCCUCAAGAACACACUAGUUCACAGGAAUCUCCCUGCCAUCCUUGACUGGGUGAAGACUCAAAAGCCUGGAGCCAUGGGUGUCAACAUCAUCACAUCUGACUUCGUGGACCUGGUGGACUUUGCCACAACUGUGAUUGAACUGAAUGACCUUCUAGAGGACCAAGCUCUGACUAAGUGUUGAAUUAAUGCUAUGUUUAAUUUCAUGUUGAGAUUGUUGAUCUAAGGUAGGAUUCUAGAGGGUUCCAGUUAGGAUGGCUCACUCCCAGGCAGUCAUGGUGAAGUGAGGAAGAGAAAGAGGGUCCUCCCCACCUUUCCUCACAGAGCCAUUUGGAUAGAACUCCCGGGAUUUUCAUGCAUUUCCCCAAAUGAGACUUUUAAAAACUUAAGUCUAAGGGAAGAGCACGUAUUUUAUAUGGCCAAGGUCAGGACCUACCUAGUGGCUUUUGGUCACAAAUGGAAAAAGGAAGUAUGGUUUCUAGGUUCCAUGAGCUAUGCAACAUCCUAAUCUAAUCGUCCCAACUUCCUGUUAUCUUCUGUGGGCAUUUGCGCCUGUGUGAAGGCUACAUUGGAAAGGCAUUCCUGGCCAGAAGAAUGGCAAUGGCACAUACAGGCACGGACCACCCUCUGGGAGGUCUUUGUCAUUAACCUAGAACUCUGAGGGGCUCCUAGGGAGACAAGCACUGGGCCCUCUCUUGAACUGUACAAUAUCACCACUUCUCUAUGGGAGCAAGAUGUGUUUAUAAUGGCACUCUUCAGCCACAGGCUGGCUCUGGAAGUGGUUCCCUUAAUUCUUCAUGUAAAAAGUACACACUACCCUUGGUUGGCAUCAGAAAUGUGUUUCCCUAUCUGAAAGUAUUGGUUCCUUUCAUUUCCUUUUGGGCCCUUUUCCCAUUUCCUUUUCUUUUAAAAUGAAAGGAACGGUGGUAGGGAAUCUUUUGUGCGAGGGCCGAAUAAGAGCUAAGCAUGCAUGUGUGUUGCAUGCCAGAAUUCUUUGAUUUAAUCUUGUAGCUCUCUCCCCAAAUGACUAUCAGGCAAGCACCUGCAUCAUUUUGGCACUGUCCUAUUUGUAUGAGGUCUUCACGCAGAUACCAGAAUCCCAUUUUAUGGUGGUCUGCCUGGAGCCUGAUCUGCUGCGGGUCACAAUGCUAAGCAGAAGUCUGAUUGUUCGUUACACAAUGGAGGCUGACACAGGACGUGUGGGACCGUGCAAUGCAUUACAGGAGCAAGCUCCAAGUGCGUUUGGAAUUAAUCUGCAACUCCUUGCAAACAAGACUACCUCGGGGACAUUUAGGGUGACUUGUAUAUCGUCAAGUGAGAAAGAAAAGCAAUGCUGGAACAUUUCCACCUGUUUUUCCGUUUGAUCUUUUUCCUGUGGAUUGUUCUGCCAACCAAGCAGCACUGCAUGAGAGCUUGGAAACUCAAGAGAAAAGUUUUUUUUUAAUUGAUAAGUGGUGUGUUUUUUUAUUGAUAAGAGACCUCUUUCGUUUCCUUUGCUUUGUACCUGUAUUUAUUCAUUAUUUAUUCAUAGAGUAAGUAUCUGCAGUGCUUACUGCCUCAAGAGCACUCACAUAGAUGUUUACUGGACUUUUCCUACCCAGGACGGAUGCUGCUGUGGUCUUCCACCCGUGCACUGGUUGGUGCACCUCAGGGCUGUGAAUGACCUUGUUCUUUGCUGUAGAUGUCCUACCCCACCCCCAUCUUGAUAAGGGUGGUGUAUAGGUGUGGAUGUGAUCCAGGAAACCACUGCCAAAAGCAUAGAUGUAGACCGGGACAGAGGUGAAAGGGUCAUGACAAACUACACAGGCAUUUCUGUAGAGCAUUGGCUAGGAAUAACAGCCUAGAAGAAGCAUGAGCAUGUUUUGGUACCCCUCAGCCCUAUCUGAGAAUCCCUGAGAAGGUGUCCGAUUCCCAGCUCCUAAGGAGGACUAUAAAGAGGCAAUCCUGAGUGGAGAGACUGCUGGACCCUCUCCGAGAAGUUCUCCUAUCUCUCCUUCGGUUUCCUAGUCAGACGUGCAUGCUGGCUCUAGUGGGGGUAAUCUUGGGUGAGCUAUUGAAAACACACGCAUGCCCCUCACUGCUGAUCAUCUGGCCUUUUUUUCUUCCUAAAGUAAUUUAGGCCUUGACUUUUUAAUCUCCGUAGUUCAUGGAGGCCACAGCACAAACACCUCUGGGAAUACCUGCUUUAACUUCUCCUGUUCUUGCAUACUAAUCCCUCCCAGAGGAGGUUUCCGGAAUGAUCUUGUCAAAUUUGAUGGAGCCUUCUUCUCUGCACGGAGCUUCUUUAUUGGCAUUGAAGUGUGUACCCUCAUUAUCUUAAUUUUCCUCCAAUUAUGAUACUGAGCCCCUCGGAGAAGCUCUGAAAACCUUGGCUUUUAGUUUUGUUUUUAAUUAUUGCAUUUUGUUUGUUUGGUUUGGUUCGAAUUCUCAAUUCUUUACCAGGGACUAGAUCAUUCUCCAUCUGUUAACCCUUUGUUACUUGGCAAAGAGAUACGAAGACAAAAAGAAGAGGCAUUCUGCUCUGUGUAAUCGGAGCCUCAGCUUUGCCCAGGUGCUUGGUGCUAUGUGGCUCGGUGUGAUAGCAGGUAUCUGCCCUGGAUUUGUGUUUCACUUUAAGGCUGUCGACUGUUCAGUGAAUUUUUUACUUCAUCCAUUGUCUCGGUUCUGACAUAGAUAGUUGUACUUCACUUCUGACGUCCACGUGCACCUCCGUGUUUGCAUGCAUAACACAGAAACACAGCACACUUCCAAGGCCACGUGCACAGGCCUCCUGCUCCUGUAGUGAGUGCACAUCCAAGCUCUUCCACACUGCUUUAGGGGCUCAGCCUUGUUGAUAUGGUAAAGUCUGAGAGGUAGCAGGGAGAGGCUUAUUCACAAUCUUCCCUAGGAAGUACUCCAAUCUCUGCCCUGAGACAAAAGCUUCUUAUAUGCUGUAAAGGCUGUGGCAUGUAUUCUGUUCCUUGACGACCAAGCAGAAACUCGGGUGAGCUGGACAGAAUAGCAACAGAAUAUAGGCCCCAUGUCUUAUUCUGCAAUAAUUACCAGUAAGAAUUCUGACCCAAACAUAUGACGCGUUCUUGAAAAUCCUGGGAAUCAUUCAGAUCAAAAUAAGGCUCUCAAAAUGAUUCAGAGUCGAUUUCAAGAGCAACUAGAAUGCUGGUUUACUAACUUAGAAUCUGGGCCCAUUCCUAUCUGGUUCUCCGCACCAACACAGCCAUAUUUCCUUCAUGGCCCAGACCUUUUUAGGUUUCUGUGGCGUGAAACUGUCUCAAAGCCUAAACCUAUUGAAAGUUCCAUGUAUGUUAUGGAUAGAGACAACGUUCUCAGGACUGAUCAGACAGCUCAGGGUGGACCAGAUGGAAGGAACUGACGGGUGUUGAGGAUGUGGUCUGAUAUCAUGGCAGUCUUAGAAGUCAUGCAAAAAAAAAAUUCCUUGUAUUUGCUGCUUGAUAUUUGAUAUGCAUCAUUUCCUUUAUUGCCAGGUCUAAACCCCUGAUUUUUUUUUUAGAACAGUUGAUCUAGAAUUCAAAUCCAGGAUUUUAUUUACAUGCAAAGAAAAGCACAAGAUCUGAGCAGGGUCAAUGACAAACCUUAAGAAUCUCAGGCCUUUCAUAACUUCAUGUUCACAUCUGAAAAUUUAUGUUUCUUUCCACGAAAGCAAGGAAAUGCACAUUGCAGCAUUCUGAGGUGACAUGGAGCUUUCUGGUGUGUCGGGACAGCCAUGUGGGUUGUUUUCAGUCUUACCAGUAGGAAGUAAUCCCAAAGAAACGUGAUACAACCCAGUCAUUAGCACACAGUGAAAGGUACGAAAGGUUGCUGCUUUUCUCUGAAAAGCAAAAGGGCUACAAAGUGACGUCAUUACAGAUGUUUUAUGAUGUACAUGACUGCCUAUUAAGUUCUGGGAAGCAGAACAGAAGAAUGAAAGGGUCACAGUCACGUGGUCUCUUCCCUUAGCUGAGCAACUGACCCGAGGCUAACCUGUCCUUGGUUCUUUCAUCUUUAGUAAUGUUGCCAAUCUCAGUUGAUUAGUUCAUGAUGUAUAUAAGGUCCUAGGGCUUAGAUGCCUUGCACUCUGGGCUGUACCUUUGCAAUGAUUCUUCCCUCUGUACACAUGUGCAGAGAAUAUGGUUGGGGUCAUUGUCCAAGAGUGUGGUACAGCCUGAUUGAACUUGACUAUGUAUUAUACUUUCUAGAGUCUGAAUAAUGUGUGGGGCUCAAAGAAAUAUGCCAAAAUGUAUGUUGGCCCCUGAGAGGUGGGCUUUCUCAACAUGUCAGCAGGAAUCAAUAGACACUGAGGAUAUCAGACAUCAGAGCUGACAGGAAGUUCGUUUGGUACAGCAUAGAAGAGCAUGGAUGUCCCUCUAAAUCCCAUCAUCUUCUAGUACAUCUUAACCUUCAUCCGCAGAUGCUUCCUGUAGGUGGUACCCUGGUUUCAUGACACAAUAGUGUCACCUUGGGACACAGGAGAGUGAACUGAAUGAAUAACAAGAAGUAUUGACAUAAACUUCCCCUUAAUUCCAGAUGGUUCUAAUCAGCUCUUUACUGCCCCAGGAGACCUCCUAUUUCCACAACCUUUGAAUUCCCCAACUUCCUGCUACAAACCCUGGCACUAAUGGCCAUAUGUCUGAGCUAUCCUAACUCGGAAACAACCCUACAGUGAUACUAAUGAUUUUUUUUUUUAAAAAAAGAGCAAAGUUUUAGAAACUGUUAAAAAUAUUCUGAGAUAAGGAUAUUUUGCUUUAGAUAAUGUGUUUUAGCAUCCACUCUGGCAAACUUGUUCUUAGGAUUUAUCAAACCCAUUUUAAAACAAAAUGGUUUGAAUAAACCACUUCCCUACAUUCUCUGGGGAAAUUCAGAAGCAUGGCUGUUAAGACAACUGCAUCACCAGUCUAGAGGCAUUUUCUGUCACUCUUCCGCAUUCCCUUCAUAGAGUGCUACUUCCUCCUAUCUCCCAGCAUUCCCAUCAUCUGCCAAUGACGUCAUCACAAGAGGCUGACAGAAGGUUUGCUCUGACUGUAGUGGUAGCUGUUUUUUAGCUUUCUCAAUUGCAUCCUUCUGCCUCCUGCUUCCACCCAGUCCAUAGAACUAUGCUUAAUUGGAGCCCUGAAGUUGGGACCAAUACUUAAUUCAGAUAGCACAGGCUUGUUCUCAGUGCUAAGCCCACUACAAAGCACAGCACUUUGAAAAGUCGCAUAGGCCUUCGGCAGCUCUGUACAGUUGCAAUGUCACACCUGUUUUCAGUUCAUAGCACUAAGGACGUGUCAGCUAUUGACCUAUAGUAUCAAGAUGAUCAAUCUUAGAUCAUAUUUUAGAAAUAAUAUUACCUUGCUGCUACUAAUUAUUACCCCAGUCAGUAUUCAUAAGUAUUAACUGCAGGUUGUGUAUGCAUUAUUUGUAUUGUGAGUAUACCAACUGUAAUACUUAGCCCCUCCUGAUCAGUAAUUUAAAAUCACAGAAAUUGUCAUAGUAAAAAUAAGUCUUGGUCAGUUCAGAUAAUUCGUGUAUCUGAUAAAUGCUGUAAUAGAGACUGUGUUUUAUCUUCUGUUACUUGAUUUACACUGCAACGCAUGUGGUUUGCUAAACUUAAGAAAUAAUAAUCAGUUUUACCAAUGUUAAGGUUAGGGAUAAAAUUGUGCAUAUAUGCUGCUUGAUACUCUGAAAUGUAUUUGUGGUUUGUCACCUUCAUACAUAUUUCACUUGGCUUCUUUCCCUUUAGGAAGUAAUUGUUCAAUUAUAUCUCUUUCUUCUUUCUUGUGACCUGGAUUAAAUCACAUGAUUCAACCUAAAAUAUUGUGACGCCACAAUACCUCAUUUUAACUGUGAAAAAAAUGUUAAUAGUUCUGAUCAUAUGAUGCAUUUCCUUGUGUUGGAUUUGAGCCACUUAUCAAGGUUUAAUCUUAGUAAUAAACAUGAAUCUUUAAUAGCCGUGA